AUGUCUAACAAUAUUAGUCAUCAUGAUUAUAUAUCUGAUUUAGUUUUUGACUAGCAUAAAUCUUAAAAUUAUAUUUUAUGAUUCAAAAUUAAGGUUAAAGAGAAGUGGGUAUUGAUUAAAUGUUAAAAUAGCUUGCCAUAUUGAUUUGUAAACUCCUGCCUUAACCACACAGCGCUGACGAAAACGUUACAGGUUAAGUUGGACAUGGAAAUGUUCCUCCUCCUUCUUUUACUUCACUGCGUGUCAUCAGUGAAACACACACUCAUGUUGAUGGGUGUGGGUUCUUCUGGACUUCCGAACUUACCGACGUUUUGGGCAAAUAUUGAAAUUGAUGCGAUCCGAGUGGCUUACUGUGACAGUAACAGAAAGACCCUUAACUCAGCAUUCGACUCCUCGUACAGUGGAUUUUGUUUCCAUCUGCCAGAUAACUUCGCUCACAAGCUUAAUUAUUUAAAGGAUUUUCAAUAUGAAGCUGUUGGCAUUUUACAGAUGAUAACCGGCUGUGAAUGGGAUGACGUGACUGGAGAUGUUGGCAUUUUUUUAAAAUUUGCAUAUAAUGGAGAAGAUCUUCUUGAAUUGGAUGUAAAGAACUUGACAUGGAUCGCUAAAAAUCAUCAGGCUGUCAUGGUCAAGGACAAAUGGACAAAUGACGAGGAUACUCCUUUAAAAAACUCUGUACCUUUACUGAAGAAUGUUUGCCCUGAAGAUCUGAAGAAGUAUGUGUCACAUGGUGACCAUUCUCAGCAGAAAAAAGCAGGUCUUCCAUCAGUGUCUCUCCUCCAGAGGACUCCAUCCUCACCAAUCAGAUGCCAUGUGACAGGUUUUCACCCAAACAGAGGGCAGUUAUACUGGAGGAAGAAUGGAGAGGAGAUUCAUGAAUAUGUGGAGCAUGGUGAGAUCCUUCCCAAUCCUGAUGGAACCUUCCAGAUGAGUGUUGACUUCAAUGUUUCCUCAAUCCCACUUGAGGACUGGGGGAAGUACGACUGUGUCUUUCAGCAGCCUGGGUUAGGAAACAUCACAACCAAACUGGAUAAAGCAGUAAUUAGGACAAACAGAGUUUCUCCCACAGAUUUUCCUUCUUAUGUUAUCACUGGAGUUGUUGUGGGACUUGUGCUGCUUUUAGCACUUUGCAUAUCUGGAUUCAUCUUCUGGAAAAAGAAAAAUAAUGGAUUUCAACCUGCAAACAGGUCUGACCAAAUAGAAGAUAACUCUGAACUUCAGAGUUUUAAAGAUGAAACCAGAACCGUUGACGGUGACCAGACCAGUAGCAACGAACAAAACCAUGAAAAGGCAAAUGGUGCUGAGCAAAUACCUGAGACUGGGAUCCACUGAAUUUUACAAUCCUAUAAUUUGCUAAGUCUAUGAAGCAAAAUUGUCAUCUUUUAAUGUAAAAGAUGAUAAGAAGUUAUGCUCGGGGAUUUAUUACAAUUAUUGGAGGACACUUUAAUGCACUUGUUAAUCAUAUUACUGGUACUUAAUCUUAUAUUUCUAUGUUGCUUUAUAAAAUUGUUAAUAAUUGUUUUGUAUACUUUUUUUGUAGUGCUUAUAUUGCAACGUUAUACUCUUUCCGUUUUAUAAUGACCAAUUGUAAGCUUCUAAUCCUGUUGAGAAAAUUAAUGUAUAUUUAAAAAUGUUCUGAAA